UAAUUAUCUUUCAAACUCAUUACCUGCGUCUUAUUUCACUUCCAAUUCCAAACCCUAACUUUUUUCUGAAAUUUCAAAUUCUCAAUUAUUUCAAUGGCGCCAAAGGGAGAGAAGAAGAUAGCAGAGAAGAAGCCCGCAGAGGAGAAGAAAUCUACGGUAGCUGAGAAAGCACCGGCGGAGAAGAAGCCAAAGGCCGGAAAGAAGCUUCCCAAGGACGGAGGUGCCGCUGCCGGAGACAAGAAGAAGAAGAGAAACAAGAAGAACGUAGAGACAUACAAGAUCUACAUCUUCAAAGUUCUGAAGCAAGUUCACCCAGACAUUGGUAUCUCAAGCAAGGCCAUGGGAAUCAUGAACAGUUUCAUUAACGACAUCUUCGAGAAGCUUGCUGCCGAAUCUUCCAGACUUGCAAGAUACAACAAGAAGCCGACGAUCACUUCAAGGGAAAUUCAGACUGCAGUUAGGCUUGUUCUUCCUGGAGAAUUGGCCAAGCAUGCCGUCUCUGAAGGAACAAAAGCUGUUACUAAGUUUACAAGAGAGAAGAAGAUAGCAGAGAAGAAACCAGUAGAAGAGAAGAAGUCUACAGUAGCUGAGAAAGCUCCGGCUGAAAAGAAGCCAAAGGCCGGAAAGAAGCUUCCCAAGGACGGUGGUGCUGCCGCCGGAGACAAGAAGAAGAAGAGAAACAAGAAGAACGUAGAGACAUACAAGAUCUACAUCUUCAAAGUUCUGAAGCAAGUUCACCCAGACAUUGGAAUCUCAAGCAAGGCCAUGGGGAUCAUGAACAGUUUCAUUAACGACAUCUUCGAGAAGCUUGCUGCCGAAUCUUCCAGACUUGCAAGAUACAACAAGAAGCCGACGAUCACUUCAAGGGAAAUCCAGACUGCAGUUAGGCUUGUUCUUCCUGGAGAAUUGGCCAAGCAUGCUGUCUCUGAAGGAACAAAGGCUGUUACCAAGUUUACGAGUUCUUAAAUUGUAUAAUUUGUAGGGUUGUUUCUGAAGUGUUUCUUCCUAAAGUUUAUGUCUCUUGGAAAUUAGAUCUAGAUUAGUGUGUAAUGUUCUUUUAAAAAUCAAAUUAAUACCUUUUCUAUGA